UUAUACGUUGGAACGUUGCUCUGUUUAAAAAAAAAAUUAACUACAAGUGCAUGAAAAACAUUUAAAGAUAUUUAUUUUAAAUUUUUAAUGUUGCUAGAGCAUAAAAUUGAAAGUUAUGUUGAUGAAAUUUUAGCACUAGCUGCAGGAAAGUGUAUUUGUUUGCAAGCAAGCUAAUGACACCUGGAGCAAAUUAAUUAGAUUUAUUAACAUUAAACUGCAUUAUGUUAAGCUAAACUGUUAUUUCGAUAGCUGCGCGAAAAUUUUCUUGCUUCUACAUUUUUUUCCGCUGCUGUAGGCCGUGUGUAUGCCUGUGUUUGUACUGUUUGGAAAUUGCGCACAAAAACAAGCAGGCACUAAAAGUAAGGAGCAAAACAAAAACAAGGAAAAUCUUAUGUAAAUAUGUGUGCAUGUGUGAGUUGCACGAGUUGCCAUCAACUGCGCAGCUGUCGCAUUUGGCUCACCCCGCUCACUGCCACACACCGAUUAAUUGAACAUUUCGCGACACCAAUUCUCAUCUGUGCUGGCGCAUAGACAAAGGACACGAACAGAUGAUACCAAAUCGUUGCGUCUUGGUUAACUGCCGAAUGCGCUGAGUGCAGUUGAGUAUUGACUUUUUCCCGUGUCGGACGCAUUAAAACAGUGAAGCGCAUCAAACAGCGGCGUUACAAGAAAAAAAUUCAGCAAUUACACAAGAGUUCUUCUGGUUGGAUAUAAAAUCGCAGAGAAUUUAUCAAUAUCGUUUUUUUAUACACUAAAUUGCAAGUUUUGCAUAAUUGCUGCAAUAAAUAAAUAAUAAAACUAGAGAGCAUUGCAAAAAUCGAUGAUUACAGGCUUUUUGCCGUUUGUGGCAAACAUUUGAAGGAAUUUUUAACAGAGCAUUGCACAAUUCAAUUAACUACAAGCAGCGCUGGGAAAAAACGUAAUCGCAUGCAAUUCCAGGCAUCCAACGGAAGAACUUUGCAAACUAUUUGUAUACUUAGAGCAAAAUAUUCAAGCAAGUAACAGAAAUUGAUGCCUAUUUAACACGGUAAAAGCAAAUUAAUUCCAUAACGUGCCGCGCGUGGAGUGCGGCAGAAGGGAAAAUAUCGAUUUGUAACAUAAAACAUAUAUGUACGUUUGGCAGCUAACAGCAACAAAGCACAGCGCAGCUAUACGGCAAGUGCGGAUCGGGAAUUAACAGCGAAGCCUUGCUACGAGUUGUCACGAAAGGACUAAGCUAAACGGUGAAGUGAACUGGAACGCCGAGCAAUUGCAAAAACAAACAAGCAAAUACAGUGAACUUUAGUGCAACUAUAUUUAUAGUAAGGAAGGCAAUAGUCACAGCUGUUGACAGCGGGGUGAGUGGCGUACCCAGUGCUUCCGGUAGAGCGUUGACAACGCACGGGAAACACACCGUUACUUAAAGCGAAAAAGCACACAGCGACAGAUAGUGAGUGCGACAGUUAGAGAGUGCGGAAAUUGCAAAGCAAAACGUGAGCGUGCAAUUGAGAGCAAACCGUUACUGAGCAAGAGCGCACAACUACACUGACAGCAGCAACACUUUGAAGCGCAUCCUUAAACGAAAUAUAUAUUUUUUUUACUGUUAAUUAGUGUGCAUCAACUAUCCUACAAUUUACUACGACACAUUCCGUGUACGCCGCUGUGAUAGUACGCGCUGUCGUAUACGUAACCAAUAUUGUAACGCGCUCACCUUGACUCACAUUCACUCAUUAUAAGCAGUGGCUCUGUUUGACUACUUGAAAACAUAAAUUCUAUGCCAAAAACCAGCAAAAUGUUGCCAUAAAUUGUACGCACACGGUUUAACUUGGCCAAGCGCAAGUUGGAUUUCCGCGCCGAUAUUCUUCGAUUUUUUUUAAAUUGUUACAAAUUUACAUAUAAACAAUUGCAACAAAACAAAAAUAAAACACUACGUACCAAAAGUAACUGAAAAUAACGUGAAAAAUCUGUGCCAAAGGCUGCGCCUAAAACUCCCGUCUAUUAGCCAUUGCAACAGCAGCUGUAACAACAACUACAACAACAACACUAGCAGCACAUUUACGCCGUUGCCGUUGUUGUUGCUGGUGUCGGUGUCGGCAUCGUACGCUGCUUGGUGCCGUCGCUCGCUUCGUAAGUCAAAGUAAAAAUUCCGCCGACGUUGGUCCUGUCGCAACUAUUCGCUUGCAUCAAAAAAAGCCGAUUUAAACCAAUGCAUUUAGGUUUCAAACGUGCAAAACGCCAAAACCAAAAACGUUUUUCGAUUAGUAAAAAAUGUCUUUGCCCCGAGAAUGGAAUUUUCCGAAUUCACGGGGACCGUUACACGGCACGAGUGAAUCGUACCCAACUGGUGGAGUCCAGCACCAGUCGGGAGGGUUCAUUCGCACAUCCACGGACAGCGAUGGUGACUGUGGCGUUUACAUCACCGAUCGGCAUAAUCAUCACGCCGCCACCGAUAUACCACCAUCGCCGCCACCCUCACUUGUCGGCGCUUCGUGUGAACUGCCGACAACGGUUGCUUGCUCUCAACCCGCCCCACCAUCAUUGCUCACCGAGUAUCAACAGUCGACUGGCUCGCUCUUCUCAGUCGUGUCAGCGCCACCGGUACCGCUCGCAGAACUUGACGUCAAGCAAGUGGAUGCGCUUAAUAGCGGUGGAUUCCACAAAGUCAUGGGCAUCGCUGGAGGCGUUGGUCUGCAAGCUGGCGUCGGCAUGGGUUUAUCAACGAUGGGCGGUAGCGCACAAAAUGCCUACUCGACCACAUCAAUGGAUGCAACAGCUACCGCCGCAGUUAUGGCCGCUGGUGCCACAAUCAAUUGCCCGAUGGACGGUACGGCUACGAUCGCUGGCACCACCACACAUGGCAUACAACGUCGUCCGGCCACGUUGCCCAUUAACACGCCAUACUGUCCGGCACCGGUUAGCCGCACUUUGCACUCGAGCCUCUUGGAGCAUCAAAUUGCCGAAAUUGAAGAAGAGGAUAAUGAAAAUCUGUUGACUGUCUCCAGUAUUACAGCGCGUCCAUUAAUCGCCAAAUCGCGUGAGAUACGUUCGAAUCGACAGUUGCAGCUGAUCGAACAAUCCGCGAAACGUGGAGCUAAACAAACGCGACGCGCUAAUCUGUCCGCACAUGCCGCCGACGGCAGGUCCGCCGAUACGGAUCAGUGUGUAGCGGGCAAGCGUACAACCUCUGCUUCAUCACGUUCCUCAGUUAAUACUGAUCCACCAGAUGGUGGUUAUGGUUGGCUAAUUGUUUUUGGCGCAUUUUCAGUGCAAUUUUGGGUUGCAGGCUUGGUUAAGUCAUAUGGCGUGCUCUAUGUGGAAAUAAUGGAAACAUUUCCCAGUUCAACGGCCACCGUUGCUUCUUGGAUACCCGCCAUACUAUCAGCACUAUGCUUAGUUUUAGCGCCAGUCUCUAGUGCACUAUGUCAGCGAUUUUCUUGCCGUUCGGUGGUUUUCGUUGGCGGUAUAUUCUGUGCGUUGGGUCUUACGCUUAGCUACUUUGCGACUAGUCUGUUACAUUUGCUCAUUACCUUUGGAGUUUUAACAGGUAUCGGCGGUGGACUCUCUACAACCCCCGGAAUCGUAAUUGUGUCACAGUAUUUCGACAAGCAUCGUGCGCUAGCAAAUGGCAUCUGUGUUUCGGGCACCGCCGCUGGUAGUUUUAUAUUACCGGUGCUUAUAAAACAUCUCGCAGAGAAAUUCGGCUUCCAUGGAACGAUUUUAAUAUUGGGCGGUUGCAUGUUUCAUGUUUGCAUCUCAGCCACACUUUACAGACCUAUAGAGGAUUACAAUAGUGAAAGUGGCAAGUUAAACGAGGAGGAGGAAGAAUCGACGAAACCGCUGAAUGACAUCAACCCCAGUACAACGGGUAUGCUUACUGGCUCCACAUACUUGGACACAUGUGAUGCUACGCUCAACAACAAAUUUAUCGAACAUCUGUUUCUUGAGGAAUCAAAAAACCGACUUAACGACCUAUACUCGGGCAAGCAAACUGCAAAUGAAAAGCAAACUGCUGUUGGCCACGAAACUGAUGAUGAUGAGGUAAAGGAUGUUAUUGGUGAGACCACAUUCAUCAAGCCAAUGAAGAAGGUGCGCAGUUCGGGUAUUAUGCAUUCUGUGGAAGAUCUCAGCACCGACUCCACUUGGAUGUAUCGUAAGAAUUCCGGCACGGAUUCAAAUCGUGGUAGCCGACGACGUCGGAACGUGUUUGCGAAUGACGAAAUCAUUUCGAAAAUACAAGCACAUCUGGAGAAACCACUCUCUCCGCCGGCCGUGGUGACACGUGGGCUCAGCAAAAGCAUGGAGAUACCCACACCAGUUAGUAAUUUUACUGAUCUGAAUAAACGUGGCGAGCUGCAUGAUCUCAGCGGUGCUAUAGUAGCGCAACCACCAAUAGAUGCUGGCGUCAGCGAAGAUGAUGAUGAUGACGAUGUACCACGCACCUGCUGUGAGCGCAUCGAAAUGUACUUGGACAUUAGUUUAUUGAAAGAUACCACAUUCAUAUUGAUGUGCUUGAGUGUGACAUUAAUGUCGGUCGGUUGUCCUUACAUGCUUUACUAUCUACCGGCACAUGUCAUUUCAAUUGGCAACAACAAAAGUCAGGCCGGUUAUCUAGUCGCCGUGAGUGCUGUGUUGGACUUAUGUGGACGCUUGGGACUUGGCUGGUUGUCCGAUUUGCAACUUUUCGAUCGCAAAAAGACCUACAUUUUUUGUAUACUGGGCGCCGGCAUAGCCGUACUUACAAUACCGUCUGAGAACACGCUUUAUUUAAUUGGGCUCUCCGCUGCUGUUUACGGCUUCUGUUUGGGCAGCUGGUACGUGUUGAUGCCGGUUUUGUUGGCUGACAUCUUCGGCACGGAUCGCAUUAGUUCCAGCUAUGGUUUGGUGCGCAUGUUUCAGAGCAUUGGCGCAAUUUCGGUGCCACCGUUAGCCGGUUUUCUACGUGAUCUUUCCGGUAGCUACGAGAUAUGUUUCUACUGUAUGGGCGCUUGCAUGGUGUUGGGCAGCAUACCGUUGCUGGUUUCGGCGCUGCUUGAGAGUCGCGAACGUGAUCCCUUCGAACAACCCGAUGAAAGUGAUGAGAACUCAACAGUAUCUUAAGCGGUUUUGGUGGAAAUUUUUUCCUGACAACAAUUUGAUUGACUGUUUUAUGAUUUGUGUAGCACAAGGAGUUUAAAAUGAGAUAAAUGUGUCUCCCUGUGCUUAUGCUAUUCAGUAGUAGUUAUUGAACACUGUUUUGAUGUUGAUUUAGAUUCAAUCCAAUGUGUUUUUGAAAUUCCUAUUAGUAUGUGUAGCACAUAAUUUACUCAGACAAGUAGUAUAUCUAUCAAUAGUAAUUACAUAUUUACACACAUAUAUGUAUUCCAACUUAUUACUAUAUACUAAGUUGUUGUGCUAGUAGAUCAUAGCUUUCUGGAACCUUGUCGAACUUUGUCGAAGUUUUCUGACAGAAAUCAUUUGCAUAUUAUCGUAGAUAUUAGGAUACCUGUUACUGACUCAACUGAAGUAAAACGAAUUUAUUUUGGAAAAAUAAACCUUAAGGCAGUUCACUCAGAAUCGUAACUAACCAUACUCAUACUUUUUGUUGUAGCCCUAUCGAGGUACAAAAAAUACAUGCUGAAAAAAAAAUAAUUGGAAACUAAUAAACUGUUUCCGAGUUCAGAGAGAAUGUUUUAAGUUUUAAAGCUCAAAAAAUACGCAAAAAAAUAGUAUAUGUAUUUCUAAGUACGGAUAGCAAAGAGAGUGGAGAGUUUGGCACCUCAGAGUUAGCACUGUCGUUAAAUACCUUCGGGAAUAUUUGAGCUGAGUUGUGCAUUAUUUUGUAACUCGCCUUCAGAAAAAAACCUAAAACUAUUUUAUAUAUAUUUGUAUUAUUUUGGGUCGUUCACUAAGUAAUUUCGUUUUUGCAAUUUAAAUAUUUCUUUAAUAUUGUAUUAUCUCUUUCAUCCAACACCUUUUUGCCAUCUUUCGGACAAGACAUUGAUUUCACACUUAUAAAUUUGUUGAUCCUUGCAGGCAAAGAAAAUGUCCAAGUCGUUUUUGUCGUCCUGACUUGAGUUGAAGGUUUUUCAAUCCAAAAAACUUUACAGAGACCGGAACAAGUAUUAGUCCCAAGGUGCCAAUGCCGAAGAAUAGUUGAGGCGAGUAGCACAUCUCAUUCAAGCUGCUGCUUUUGCCGACUCAACAAAUUUGUAUGAGGUCUCACAUUAUUUAUUUAUUUAAUUACUAAAAUCUAUGAACAUUAAUUCUUACAGACUAUUCAAAAAUUUUGAUUAAAUUAUAUAUUAUUUAUUCAGAAUUAUAAUUUAAUAAAAAUACAAUUAAACAAAUAGAGAAGUUAACAAAAAAUGGAAUUAAGUGUGUUCAUGAAGGAAGCCCUAGAGUGAGAAAAAUCAAGUAAAACUUUCUCGAAAAUCGAAUUAAACUCAAGCAAAGUGCGAUUGAGAGGACUUUUUUUCUUAACAGAUAGGGUUAGUCAAUACAUCCAUUAAUUACAUUGAAAACAAAUUAAAGGCAGAGAACGAACCGUCGUUUUGAUGUGAUUUAAGCUGCAAUAGGAAUAAACGAGAUUUACGAGGAAUGACAAUUAAGUAAUGAGACUGAUUCCAUAAAAACCGUAUAUUUGAAAAUUAUUCUACAACUCUGCCAUCCCCUUCAAAGUAGUCCCCUUGGGCAGCUAUACAGCGAUUCCAGCGCGUUUUCCAUGCUUCGUAACAUUUCUGGAACGCUUCGACUGGGAUGUCCGCGAGUACCCUGGUCACAUCCGCCUCGAUGUCCGUAAUCGACUCAAAAUGGGUUCUUUUGACCACCGAUUAUGUUUUAGGAAACAAAAAAAGUCACAGGUUAACAUGUCGGGCGAAUAAGGCGGCCGUUGUAACACAGCGAUCCCUUUAGAGGCCAAAUACUGGGACACGCUGAGGGCGGUGUGGAUUAACAGUUUUCCCCGGUGGAACGAAUUCUUUGAGGAGGAUUCCACGGCUAUCAAAAAAGGCAAUACUCAUCAUUUUCACCUUCGACUUGCUCAUGCGAGCUUUUUUCGGGCGGAGGCGCUCGGAGGCAACCAUUGUAAGCUUUGGCGUUUGGUUUCCGGACUAAGAGCACUAUAACACUCCUACAAUUUUAGCGUACGUUUCCGAAGCUGUUUCGCCCAAUCUGGCGCAAAAUUUUAUCGCGACGCGUUGCUCUUGAUUUCGUUUUUCCAUUUUCGUGACGAGCACUACAAACACACGUCUCUUAAACUUGACGCAGCAGGCGAACUAAACAAGCUAGAGCGAUGGUACAUAUAUCAAUAGAAAGGGUAGGGAUGCCGGAAAAAGAAAAAGGGAAUUUCAAGGUUUACCACAAGCGCGGCAAUAAAAUCAGUCUCAUUACUUAAUUGUCAAACCUCGUAUACGACGGUAUGGGGUUAACAAACUCUAAGGAGCGGAAGGCAAAUAUAAAAAAGAAACAUUUUUUGAAAGCGCUCAAUUCUAUCAAUUGACAAUAUGCAAUACUAUGGUCUCCAAAUGAACACUAUAUACAAGUACUUCAAGAUAGAAUGAACAAAAGAUAUAUACAAUAAUUUUAACGUAUAGGGGUCGGAAAAAUUGGAAGCAUUUCGACGCACAAAACCAAGCACAGACAAUGAUCUAGAAGUGAUAUAUUCGAUGGGAUUAUUGAAAGAAAAGUCAUUGUUAAAGAUUACCCCAAGAUCAUUGAUUUCAUUUACACAUUUUAUAAAAAUUAUCAAUACCACAUUGCAGUUUAAUUGGAUCUUCCGAGUUUUUGAUAAUUUCGAAAAUUUUUAAGUCAAGAGAAACAUUAAGAAAUGUCGUUGAUUAACAGCUCAAGUAGGAGAGAAUCUAAAACGCUUCCUUGUAACAUUUCCGAAGACGACAUCCCAUUGACAAUAACAACACAACACCUAUUGCGGGAUAAAACUACUGUUUCAAUUGUUUUAAAAUUUUAAGGGUAUAUACAUUUAAGUACACAUAUUUUAAUUACUAAUAUGAACAGAAAAUAGUAAGACUUUUUUAUAAUUUUAAAAUUCGUAAUUUAUUUUGCAAAAUCUAUGUCGUCUCCCCCAAUCUAAUGCUCUUUGGCCACAAAACACUUGUGACAACGUUUUUUUCAAUACUCGAAACAGUUAUUUUAGUCAAUUUCCCCAGAGCAUUCGUUUGAGUUUGCUGAAUAGCCAGAAAUCACACGGAGCUAAAUCAGUUGAAUACGGUGGUUGCUGCACGAUAUUGGUUGAAAUUUUGACGAAGAACUCGCGAAGAAUGAAUGCAGUCUGCUACGGUGUAUUACUGUGGUACAAAAACCAAGAGAGAUAAUUCCGGCAUCUUUUUACGUACAGCUUCACGCAAACAACGCAUAGCGCUCAAGUAGUGUUCCUUGUUGACAGUUUGGCCGAUCGGUAGUAAUUCGGAGUGCACCACACCUCGAUAAUAGAAGAAAGUUCUACAUAUAUGUAAUCUUAAUUUUUACCUGCUCUGACGUGGUUUUUUCGACUACGCCUCACUUUUGCCACAAUAUUCGACCGAUUGAUCAUCUGUUUCUGGGUCGUAAGCAUAGAUCGAAGACUCAUCGCGAGUAAUAAUACGUUUUAUGACAUCCUGGUAGUAGGAAUUGUUUUACAGACGUUAAUAGACGUUUUUUUUCGAAAAAAUUGAGUGAUUUUGGAAUUGUGCUUACACAAAACUUAGGUCCAAAUGAUAAUUCAAAAUGGUUUUCACUGAUCCUUCUGAUAUUUCUAUAAUGCCAGUAAGAUCUCUGACUAUUAAUCAUCGAUUCUCAAGCACCAAUUCCUUUAUUUUAUUGACGUAUUGAUCAACAGUUGAUGUUGAUGUCCGUCCUGGGCGUGGUUCGCGAUAAACAAUUAUUACCGAAAGCAUUUUCCAACAUUAUGAACCUUUCCGCUUACAAAAUUUAAUGGAAAUUCUUUGUUGAAUAAUUUUAUUCUCUUCAGAAAGACAAACUAAUGAUUAUUCUGAUGUCACAUUUGGCACAGAUGUCAGUCAUACCAACCAAGAAAACUAGAAAGGUGUUUCCGAACGAAAUUUGAAUUAAAAAGUCUUACUAUUUUUUGCCCAUAGUAUUUAGUAAUGCACAAUAAAAUUUUUGAAGAAAAUUAAAUAUUUUUCAAGCUGGCGCAUGUAAGCUGAACAAAAAUCUCCCUCACUGCUGCAGUGAUUCCGGU